AUGAAAAAUGUAACCGAUUCUUUCCUUUCUUUGGGCCACUGGCCAUUUGCCGGGAGUUUCGGGUUUUUUAAUACCGAUAUUUUAUCAACAAAUCUAAUAAAUCUAAGUGUAGUGCUUGGUGUAUUGAUCUUCUUUGGAAAGGGAGUGUGUGCGAGUUGUUUAUUAAGUGAUUUAUUAGAUAAUCGAAAACAGAGGAUCUUGAAUACUAUUCGAAAUUCAGAAGAACUUCGUGGAGGGGCCAUUGAACAGUUGGAAAAAGCCCGGACCCGCUUACGGAAAGUGGAAAUGGAAGCAGAUCAAUUUCGAGUGAAUGGAUACUCUGAGAUAGAGCGAGAAAAGUUGAAUUUAAUUAAUUCAAUUUAUAAGACUUUGGAACAAUUAGAAAAUUAUAAGAAUGAAACUAUUCAGUUUGAACAGCAAAGGACGAUUAAUCAAGUUCGACAACGGGUUUUUCAACAAGCCUUACAGGGAGCUUUAGGAACUCUGAAUAGCUGUUUGAACAACGAGUUACAUUUACGUACGAUUAGUGCCAAUAUUGGCAUCUUAGGGUCGAUAAAAGAAAAAACUGAUUAG